CACUUCCUGCUUUGCCCCCUCCCUCCAGCGGAAGGGGGCAUUUGGCAUCCCCAGGGCAGCCUCUGCUCCGUCCCAGGCGCAACUGGUGGCCAAAGAAAGGCCCCCUCAGCUAUUUCUCCGCUGUCUCCUCAGUGUGGUGAAGGGAAAAGACCAGCCAUGCAGCCAGCUCAGGGCCGGGUGUCCUUCGAAGAGGUGGCUGUGCAUUUCUCCAAGGGGGAGUGGAGCCUGCUGAGCCCAGCGCAGAGAGCCCUGUACAAGGAGGUCAUGCUGGAGAAUUUUGGGACCGUGGCCUCUCUGGGGCCCGAGGUUGCCAAACCUGACCUCAUUUCCAAGCUGGAAGGAGAAGAAGAGCCCUUUCUCCGGAUCUCUGAUGAAGAGGGGGGAUUGGCAGGAGGCCUGUGGAGGUCACCGAAUGAAACAUCUCAGCAUCCAGUGAUGGAUAAAGGGGACACCUAUUCAGAUCUGAAAGGGGCUAAAUAUUCUGAUACCCUGAGGAAGGAGGAGAGAAAGCAUCCAUCUAAAGGAAGGAGUGAUUCUGGUCUUUUACAAGGUGAAUACGCUCAUGAAAUCCCACUACUUGAAAAAAUGUACAUAGAAGGCAAUAUAAAUGGGGGCAGUGCAAGUGGGAAUUCUUUUUCUGAAAAAUCAAACAGUAGCAUCCAUUGGAAAAGCCAUAACACAAAGGAAAAAUAUAAAUGCCUGGAGUGUGGGAAAAGCUUCAAAAAGAGUGGAAAACUUAAUUCCCAUCAAAGAAUUCACACAGUGGCAAAACCUUAUAAAUGCCUGGAGUGUGGGAAAAGCUUCAGUCACAGUGGAAUCCUUAAUUCCCAUCAAAGAAUUCACACAGGGGAAAAACCUUAUAAAUGCCAGGAGUGCGGGAAAAGAUUCAAUCGGAGCGGAUGCCUUAAUUCUCAUAGAAGAAUACACAUAGGGGAAAAACCUUAUAAAUGCCAGGACUGCGGGAAAAGCUUCAAUCGGAGCGGGUGUCUUAAUUCUCAUAGAAGAAUACACACAGGGGAAAAACCAUAUAAAUGCCAGGAGUGCGGGAAAAGCUUCAGUCAGAGUGAAAGCCUUAAUUCCCAUCAAAGAAUUCACACAGGGGAAAAACCUUAUAAAUGCCUGGAGUGUGGGAAAAGUUUCCGAAGAAGUGGACAGCUUAAUUCCCAUCGAAGAAUGCACACAGGGGAAAAACCUUAUAAAUGCCAGUACUGCGGGAAAAGAUUCAGUCGGAGUGGAUGCCUUAAUUCUCAUAGAAGAAUACACACAGGGGAAAAACCUUAUAAAUGCCAGGAGUGCGGGAAAAGAUUCAAUCGGAGCGGAUGCCUUAAUUCUCAUAGAAGAAUACACACAGGGGAAAAACCUUAUAAAUGCCAGGACUGCGGGAAAAGCUUCAAUCAGAGUGGAUGCCUUAAUAAUCAUAGAAGAAUACACACAGGGGAAAAACCCUAUAAAUGCCAGGACUGCGGAAAAAGCUUCAGUCGCAGGGAUCAGCUUAAUUCCCAUCAAAGAAUUCACACAGGGGAAACACCUUAUAAAUGCCAGGACUGCGGGAAAAGCUUCAAAAGGAGCGGGUGCCUUAAUUCUCAUAGAAGAAUACACACAGGGGAAACACCUUAUAAAUGCCAGGACUGCGGUAAAAGCUUCAAUCGGAGCGGGUGCCUUACUUCUCAUAGAAGAAUACACACAGGGGAAAAACCAUAUAAAUGCCAGGAGUGCGGGAAAAGCUUCAGUCAGAGUGAAAGCCUUAAUUCCCAUCAAAGAAUUCACACAGGGGAAAAACCUUAUAAAUGCCUGGAGUGUGGGAAAAGUUUCCGAAGAAGUGGACACCUUAAUUCCCAUCAAAGAAUGCACACAGGGGAAAAACCUUAUAAAUGCCAGGACUGCGGGAAAAGCUUCAAUCAGAGUGGAUACCUUAAUUCUCAUAGAAGAAUACACACAGGGGAAAAACCUUAUAAAUGCCAGGACUGCGGAAAAAGCUUCAGUCGCAGCGAUAGUCUCAGUUCGCAUCGAAGAAUGCACAAAAGGGUAAAAACCUCAUAAAUGCCAGGACUGCGGGAAAAGCUUCAGUCACAGCAGACAGUUUAAUUCUCAUAGAAGAAUACACACAGGGGAAAACCCGUAUAAAUGCCAGGACUGCGUAAAAAGCUUCAGUGGAAACCUUAAUUCCCAUCAAAAACUUCACACGGGAAAAACCUUAUAAAUGCCAGGACUGUGGAAAAGUGUUCAGACACAGUGGAGACCUUAAUUCCCAUCGAAGAAUGCACACAGCCGAAAAACCAUGUAAGUGCCUGGAGUGUGGGAAAAGUUUUUGAACAAGUGGAGAACUUAAUUCCCAUCGAAGAAUGCACACAGGAGAAAAACCUUAUAAAUGCUUGGACUGUGGAAAAAGCUUCAGUCGCAGUGAUCAUCUUCAUUCCCAUCAAAGAAUACACAUGGGGAAAAACCUUAUAAAUGCUUGGAGUGUGGGAAAAGCUUCAGUCGCAGUGGAGGCCUUAAUUCCCAUCGAAGAAUGGACACAGGGGAAACACCUUAUAAAUGCCAGAACUGCGGAAAAAGCUUCAGAGAUUGUGGAGGCCUUUAUUCCCAUCAAAGAAUACACACAUGAGAGAAAACAUUAAUGGCUGGAGUGCGGAAACAGCUUCCGACCGAGUGGAAUCCUUAAUUCUUACCAGUGCUACUAUUAGAACUACAAGUUAAGGCAGCAGCAAAAAAUGACUUUUACAACCCUCUCUAGCAUGCUAGAUGGCUUCUUACCUCGACAUGGCUGACCUGGCCACCUGGAUCCAUGCUACGGUAACAUCAAGUCUUGACUAUUGUAAUGCACUAUACAUAGGUCUCCCAUCCAAAUUAACUAGGAGACUCCAAUUGGUGCAAAACGCUUUGGCACGACUGCUAUCAGGAGCAUGGACACCAGCCCCAUUCUGCAGUCACUCUGUUUGCUACCUAUCAGCUACCAUGCUCAGUUGAAGGUAUUGGUUAUCACAUUCAAAGCUCUUCACAGGCCUGGCAUACCUACAGGAGGGCCUCCCUCCCUAUAUUCCUCCACAUGAGCUUCACUUAUCUGAAGAGGGUCUCCUGCAGGUGCCACCCUGUACAUGGGUGAAAUCAACAGCAGCCCAUACGUGGUCUUUCUCUGUGGUGACCCCUGCCCUGUUGAAUGGACUGCCUGAGGAGGUCAGGAGAGGCCCCACCCUCCUGGCUUUCCGCAAAGUAUGCAAACAGAAUUAUUCAAGAAGGCUUUUAUAUUGUAGGCAAGGGCUCUCAGUUGCUUUACUAAUGAGUUAAGGACCAGGAUCAUAGACUUCAUCACUAUAUUUCCUUAUGUACUACCUGUUGUCUUAAAUACCUGCUCCCGUGAGCUACCUGUGCUUCUUAUGGUCUAAUGUCAGCCUUAAAAUUGCUUAUGUUCAGUUUCAGCAUUUCUUCAACUCUGUCUUGGAUUCUUACUAAUGCUAUGUCUUUGUAAAAUGGUGUUUAUCGACUCUAUGACAUGGUUUAUGGAAAUGUCCUUGAAACUGAGUGUCCUGAUCUCAUUCUGUGUAGUUCGCCUUGAGUGUCAGUGAAAAAGGUGGACUAUAAAUGACAUAAAUAGAAUAAAAUAAAUGACAGAUAAAUUCUGGUAGAAGAAUUCACACAGGGGAGAAGCCGUAUAAAUGUCUAGUAUUUGGGAAAGGGUUUAAACAGAAGAAUGAACUAACUCCUCGUCCGAGAAUUCACAAGGGAGAAACCAUUAGUGCCUGGUAUGUGGAAAAAGCUUCAGUGUGGGUGGAAACCUGACUUCCCAUCAAAGAACUGACACAGGGGAGGAGCUAUAGACAUGUUUUGAGUGUGGAAGGACACUGCAUAAAAUAAGUUAUGUUUUAAUCACCCCUCCCUCCGUCAUGAGUGACUGGGAGAGGCUAUUUGUGCUUUUGCCCUGACGUGGAUAGCCCAGGCAAGCCCACUCUGGCCUUUUGUCAGAAGCUAAGCAGGGCUGACCUUGGAUAGUAAUUGGAUGGGAGACCUCCCAGGAAGUCCAGGGUCACUCUGCAGUGGCAGGCAAUGGCAAACCACCUCUGCUAGUUUCUUGCUUUGAAAUCCCCACCAGGGGUCACCAUCAGUCAGCUAUGACUUGACAGCACUUUCCACCACCAUCCACUCGAGAAAUAUGCUGCCUUAAACAGUUCUGAUUCAGUUGUGGGCGCCUUCCUGUGUGCAGCCACAUCUCCCAAGUGGGAGCCAUAAGAGACUGCCUCUCGACGGGCAGCUGUACUCCUUCCUCCUUAGCUUUGCUCAGAUGAGUGAAGCUGUCGCAGCAGAGCAUAGCAAGAGAGAUGUGAACCCUGGCCUCCGAAUAGCCUUGUAGGUUGGCAGGCUGGCAGCUGCAGUUGACCUUGUUCAGAUGAACGAAGGUGCUGUGAGGAUGACAUAAGGAGUGAGGUGAUCUCGUAGGUAUGCUGGGCCAAGGCCCUGGAGAGCUUUGUAUGUAAUAACCAAGACUUUGAAUUGAGCAUGACAGUAACUGAUAGGUAGACAAUGGGGUGACUGUAGGGUGGGAGUGAUGUUCAUGCUCCUGCUCGCUCCUGCUAACAGUCAUUUUGCUCCAAUUGGAGCCUCCUAGUUAACUUAGAUGGAAGACCAAUGAAUAACGCAUUACAAUAGACAAGUUUAGACGUUACCGGGACAUGGAUGCACGUGGUUAUGUCGGCCGUGUCGAGGUAAGAAGCCAUCCUCCAGGCUAGAGUGAGGUUGUAAAAAGCCUUUUUCUGCAGCUGCCUUAAUUUGUUUUUCUAGUAGUAGCACUGGAUCCAGUGUAACCCCUAGGCUCUUAACCGAGUCUGCAAGGGUCAGACGAACUGCAUCGAAUGUGAGAAGUACAAUCAAAAGUGGGAAGUUCAAAAUCUCUGCUUUCCCAACAAGCAUCACUUCAGUCUUGUCUGGGUUCAAUUUCAAUUUGUUAUUUUUCAGCCACUUCACUGUAGCAGGAUAUAUAUAUAUACACACACACAUAUAUAUACAUACUCACAUAUAUAUAUACAUAUAUAUACUAGCAACAUAGUCCAUUGUGGGGGGAAAAUACAACAGGCUGUAGAAAGGAGGGGGCGGAUAGGAAGGCAUUCCCUCCUCCUCCAUCACUUAUGCUGGCUGGUGAUGGAGGGGGGGUGGGCAUUGCUACCUGCUCCACAUGUGAUCUCGGCCACAGAAAAAGCUUUUGACAAGCUGAACUGGGAUUUCAUGUUUGCGACAAUGGAAAAAUUAGAUUUAGGGAAGGACUUUAUAGAGGCAGUGAAAACAAUUUACAACAAGCAAAAUGCGAUAAUUUGUGUGAAUAACAAUGUUACGACAAGAUUUGAAGUAAGAAAAGGUACAAGACAGGGAUGCCCACUUUCACCAUUGUUAUUUGUGACGGUGUUAGAAAUUUUAUUGAAACAAAUAAGAGAAGACCAAGCUAAUAGAGGGAUAAAGAUCAAAGGAUAUUCAUAUAAAUACAGAGCUUUUGCUGAUGAUGUGAUGUUUAUUGUAGAAGAUCCAAUUCAAAGAAUGCCAUUACUGUUGGAAAGAAUCAAGAAAUUUGGAGAGUUGGCUGGUUUUUAUAUAAAUAAAGCCAAAUCUAAGUUACUUUGCAAGAAUAUGAAGAAGGAGAAACAGCAAACUUUAAUGGAGGCAACUAACUGUGAAGUGGUACAAAAAACAAAAUAGUCAAUAGUUUUAUAACAGGGUGUUUGCAAUUUUGGCUUUAGGCAUUCUAUUUUUUGCUUAAACUCUAGCACAUAUUUAUUGGAUUUGUGUUUAUAACAAACAAGGUUAGCUUUGCUAAUUUUUGACUUUAUUAUUAGAGGGGAUUGUUUUUAAACUAGUUGAGUUAGGGUACUUAAUUUGGACAAAGUAAGACAAAACUACUGCCUCAGUUUACAAUCAUUAGGGUUGUAAAAUAAGAAACAAUUGUUAUCACAGUUAGGUAGUUUCUCAUUAGACAAAUUUGAAUAAUUAAAUAAAUACAUUAAGUAUAAUAAUAAAUAAAUACAAAAUAAGAUCCCCUUGGUGGGUUAGAAUAAUUCUAGAUCCUAUCACUUUAUAAGGGUAUUUUAAAGCAUAGUAUACUCUGUUACAAGUACACUGGGAAUAAUAAAUAGAAAAUUGUUUAACUCUUUAAAAGAGGACAAGAGUGCAUAAUGUGCACUAAACUUAAAAUAACAUCUCUUAAUGUUAGAGGAUUGGGAAACCCCAUUAAACGUAAGCACAUAAUUUCCACUCUAGCAAAAACAAACUCACAAGUCAUUCUACUACAAGAAACUCAUUUCAGACCAGGAAAUUCCAACAUAUCAAAAGCCAAUUGGAUACGUUCACAAUUUCAUGCAGAAGGAUCAUCCAAAUCUAGGGGAGUUGCCAUUCUAAUAACUAAAAACCUACCUUUCCAAAAGAAAAAGCUUCUCAAGGAUCCCAAAGGGAGAUUUAUUUUUGUUAAAGGUAUGAUAGAAGGACAAGCAUACACUUUUGCUUCAAUAUAUGCACCAAACAACCAACAACUUGUAUUCAUAGAGGAAACUCUUAAUACCUUAUCCUCCUUUCAGGAAGGUCAGCUGAUAAUAGGAGGAGACCUGAAUUAUAUCAUUAACCACUCUCUAGACAAAACAGUGCUCAAUACCAAAACAGUUAAAAGCAAAAAGAAAAAACAAAAAAGGAAAUCUAUUACAAGGCUUGCCACAUUGCUUCAGAGUAACAAUCUCCUAGACGCAUGGAGGCACACUCAUGUAGGAGAAAAAGACUUUUCAUAUUACUCCCCCAGACACAAAAUUUAUACGAGGAUAGAUUAUAUCCUUGUUUCUUCCUCUCUAGGUGAUAAACUUUUAAGUUCUGAAAUGGGUAAUAUAUUAAUAUCAGAUCAUGCAUGGGUCAGCAUAACGAUUGAAAAUAAGUGCUGCCAAUCUCAGAAUAGGCAGUGGUGCUUUCCUAAAAAAUUAUUGUAUAAUCAACAAAGUUCAGCAGAAAUAGAAAAAAAUUUAGAGACAAUCAUAGCAGAGAAUAGUUCGCAAGAGGUAGACCCACACAUUUUCUGGGAUACUAUUAAAACACUAGCUAGGGGACAUAUAAUUUCACUAACUUCCAGAAUUAAUAAGGAAAAAAUAAAGCAAAAACAGGAACUCUUGGCCGAAAUUAAACAGUUGGAAACAAACCAUAAAAAAACAGGUAAUGAAAAAAACUAUAGAAAACUGCUUAACAAACGUAAGGUUUUGCAACAUUAGAAACAAGGGAUAUUCACAAAAACUUGUUAUAUCUUAAACAGAAAUACUGGUUCAACUCGCCUAAGGCCCUUCGUAUGAUUUCUAGCAGAAUAAAGAAGAAAAGAGGGUCUACCAUGAUUAACAGCGCAAUCCUAUGGCCGGCCCCAACGCCGGUGCAGCUGCACAUGCGGUGUGGUGGCGGCGCCGGGCCGGAUCCUGUGCCAGCAAACUGUGGCCACAGCGGCGCCAGCAGCAGCGCAGAGAUGCAAAUUGGUAGAACCAGAAAGUGUUGUGGGCGGGUCUGAUGCACGGCCGCCGCCGGGCGCAGCCAAAGGGCGCUGUUCCUGACAAGCGGCAGGAGGAGGGGCCAGGAUAGGCGCUGCCAAUGGGCAGCACGCGAUCCCGGCCAGGCCCCAGAGCAGCAGGCAAAUCACGCCCAUGCCGGAAGACCACACUGGCUCGUGCGUUGGGCGGGGCUCGCAGUCGGGAAGGAGAGGGGUGGGCAUGGUCUGAGGAGCCUCUCCCUCGUUUGCCCAAUGCAGCGCCAAGUCCGUGGCAGCUGUGUCCAGAGAGGUUGGCAUGGGACUGCCAGGCGCCCUGCCAUGAGGAAUCCAGGGCAGCAGCCAGUCCCGGGAGGGUUGGCCUGAGGCCGCCACCCAGAGGCAGACACAGCGGGCCUGCCCCAGUCCCCGUCCCAAGGCAAAGACCACAGACACCCGUUGCACAGAAAUCAGUCUUUAUUAUUAUACCAUCCCACCUCCCCCAGCAGACUUGAGGAAGGGGAGGCGUGUAGGAGAGGCAGGGUGUCGAGGGCUGGGCAGAGCCCAUUUGGAAGGACAGGCAGCCAGGGGCCCGUCGACGGCCCGGGCGCUGCCUCGCCAGCCCCCUCCCCGCUCGCCCCCUGUGCCGUCCAGCGCCUGUGCGAGUGCAUGGUCAGAAGCAGCUGCCUCUCCACCCGCCUUCCCGGCUGCGGCAACCAGGUCACGCGGCCAAGCCCCGCUUCGCUGUCCCCGCCCCCCCCAGGACCCUUCCCCCUUGUCUCCAGCAGCUGUAUAACACCUUUGUCUGCGGCCCGCCUGUCCAGCAGAACACCCCACCCCCCGGAACGUGGCAGCGGGGCUCACCGGCGAGGCUGGCGGCCAGACCCCCUUGGCCGUCCACGGGCCCGGCCUCUUGCAUGCAACUGGGCCCGAGGGAGGGGCGCCUCUGGGGCAGGUGGAGCUGCUGCAGCGGGCGGGCCGGCGGGUUCAGGAUGGUGACGAGCCGCCCGAGCAGGGCUUCGGCACGGGCUUGAGAGGCGCGGAGCCCCUCUCCCACCUCCAGUACCGCGGCCAUGAACUCCCGCCCGCAGUUGUUCGCCUCCUCCCAUGCGGCAUGCACCUCUAGCCGCUCCCUCCUCCGGCGCGUGGAACCUCCUGCCCGGAAUAUGGCAUCCGCCUGCCUCUACCCUAGUUUCUUUGCUGAUGCGGCUAGGAUUUGGGAGAGCGGACCGUUUCCCCUGCCAUCUCCCGCCCCCCUGCAGCAGCACCCCUGGCAACCCUCUCCCUGGCUUAUUAUCGGGUGCCAGCUGCUCGCCCUACCAGGGACUGAUCGCCCUUGGUGGCUCCCCCCUCCCCGCUGACAUGCCCUGCCCCAACCCUCUACCUGACGUUACUGUGAGGGGAGGGGGGGCGGGGAGGCAGAACGGGGUCUGUCGGAUACAUUUGUGGCGAUGUGCAGGUGGAGAUAUGUGACGGGAGUGUUGCGGGAGGGGCGGAGGACGAAGUCAGACUCGCAGAAACAGAAGGCAGUUGUUUGACAACUCGUUUUAUUGCACUGGAACAAGUGGGCUUGUUUUUAGGCUAGCAAGGGAGUCGGAGCAUUCCACACAGCCCUCCUUCCCACUCGGAGGGGUGGGGCUGGGAUGCAGGCCACGGCGCGAAAGUGCUUCCUGGGCUGCAGCCAACCGUCCGACAGAGAUGUUUGGGGAGGGCGGGACGCGGGGGAGCAGCCCUGCCCUGGACGUGCCUGUGGGGGAAAAAGACACAUGUGGGCUUUGCCUCGUUCCACUGGCGAGGCAAGCCCCACACUCCGCCAUCCGGGAGGAUGCAUAUAGUCGACGCCAGCAGCGACCAGCUGAUCCAUGACGGUCUGGCGAGGAUGCGCUCAGCCUUGGCAAGCCUUUACCUUUAAGGGAGGGAAUGAGCUGGUCAUAACAAACACCUGGUCGCAUGUGGUUUUCGGGGCACCUGCCUCUGAGGCGGCUGGGGCGGCCAUGGUUGCCCCCCACCCCUGCUAGGCCUCACCCAAAGCAGCAAGUGAGCGGGUGGGUUCAGGUGAAUGGGCGGUUUGCACUAAUCUGCGGAACAGCCCCCCCUCCCCUACCUCCUCCUCACCUGUCAGCGCUCUGUCGGUCAUCACCAGGCGGGAGCGCCAGAGUCAGGGCACCUGCAAGGAAACAGGAGAGGCUGCAGUUAAUUUGCCAAGUGUCAUUCCCUUCUGCCUCGGAAGGGUUAAUUUGUUUGUGCUUAGUUAGAAGCAACGAGCUUGCAUGAGUCCAGUUAGAUGUUGAGUCAUUCUUUCUGUCAGGGUAGAAAGGGAGUUAGGCAGACAUUUGCACUUCUUCCCUUUUACGGGAAGUUCCUCCACUUUUUCGCAAAGUCCCCCGAGUGCAUUCUGUGCCUGCCACCGUGAAUGCCCUCACCCCCCUUCGGUGUUGAAAGGGGCAAUGCCACGCAGCACACGGACAGAGGGGCAGAGCCUCCGGCCAAGUGCACACUUACCUGGGGUUUGGGCGGCGCUGGCCGGAUGUUUUGUAGGGCACGUUCACAGAUGAUUGGGUGCAGAGAGGGGGGCUCGUCCAUUCCGGGCGCGCAUGCUGAUUGGUCCCCGGGAUAGUUCUCAUCCUAUGCUCCUUCAGGCCAUGGGGGCGGGGCGGGGCGCUCAGAGAGAGGGUCGGUUUUUUGCCGUUCCAUGGGCGCCUAUGGGCUACGCCUUCUUUUUCCAUGGCGUAGCUUUUUUGCGCCGCUGUGGGCGUUCCCGCUUCUGGAGGGGCUUAGGGAGCGGACUAACUCCGGCCCCACCCUCCCCCCACGCCGGUGCAGGGCUCUACGCCACUCCUACGCCGCCGCCCGGGCGCCUGAGGCUUGCACCAGUGUAAGCCCGCCGGCGGGCCAGCGCCGCGUCCCAGCGCGGGCGGAGGGCGACUUACGCGGGCGUAAAGCCCAGAUACGCGGUCGCAAGCCUUAGUUCGGUUCCUAUUCACUUUCCCCGCCCUUCUUAGGAUUGGGCUGUAAUAGUCUUAAGGCUAAAAAAAGAAAUGUGCAAACUACUACUAAGGAAAUCUUAAACAUCUUCACUGAUUUCUUUUCUAAUUUAUACUCCUCAAAGGCCCCAGAUGAGGUUAGAAUUACCAACUUUCUAGGAAAGAUUAGAAAUUUUACUAAAUUGACUAUGGCAGAUAGAGAAUUUCUAGAAAGACCAAUUGCCCAACAAGAAAUUUUAGAAGCUAUAAAAAAUGCCAAAAAUAAUAAAACGACAGGUCCAGAUGGGUUCCCUGUGGAAUUUUAUAAAAAAUAUGCAAAGUUACUAGCCAUUCAUCUAACAAAGACAUGCAACGCCAUAGUAACAUCAGGGGAAACACCACCUACUUGGGAAAUGGCUACAAUAAUAAUUCUAAAGCAUGGUAAAGAUCCAUUAAAUCCAGCUUCUUACAGGCCUAUCUCAAUACUUAAUCACGACUACAAACUCCUUACUGCAAUAAUGACAAAACGUCUUAAUACUUUUAUAGACAAAUAUAUCCACUCAGAUCAAGCAGGCUUCAUCCCAAAACGUGACAUAACUAAUAACAUUCAUAGAACUUUAAAUCUCCUGGCUCAUUGUAAAUUCAAUAAAAUAGAAGCGGCCUUUCUGUCCUUAGAUGUGGAAAAGGCCUUUGAUUCGGUUGAAAUCAAAUACCUAAUUAAAACUAUGCAAAUGAUGAACUUUGGCGAUAACUUUCUAUCUAUAAUCCAAUCUAUCUAUAAUCAACCAAAAGCAAAUAUCAAGGUAAAUGGGCAGUUAUCAAAUUCAAUCAACAUUGGACGUGGUACUAGGCAGGGAUGCACGUUGUCACCUAUACUGUUUGCCAUCGCCCUUGAGCCACUAGCGAUAGCGAUUAGAGAAAAUGACUCCAUAAAUGGUAUAGAUAUAGGGACAUCCAAGUAUAAAAUCAGCUUAUUCGCUGACGAUACGUUGCUCUAUCUGAAAAACCCCAAUCAGUCUUUAAAGCAUUUACAUCACCUUUUAGAAAUCUUUGGUAGAAUUUCAGGACUGAUAGUAAAUCAAGGAAAAUCCCAAAUUUUGUCAGUGAAUUUGCCUAGUCACAGGAUAAAUCAGAUAAAAAACUCAUACAACUUCCAGUGGACUAAUAAACAGUUAACUUAUCUAGGUAUUAAAAUAUCAGUGGAUGUUAAUGAUCUUAUUAAACUUAAUCAUGAUAAAAUAAUUUCAGACAUAAAAUCAGAUA